AAUCCAUUAAACUCCGGGCCACGCACAAAGCAAACACUGCGUCGACGGAGCACCGGGAGGGGAAGAGGUGACGAUCCCACUUGAAGUUUGCUCUCUUUCUCUUUCUUCGUCGCCAUGGGUCUUCGCGGAUCUAAACAUCCCGAGGCCAAAGUUCUCCUCCUGGGCCUGGACAACGCCGGGAAGUCGACCCUCCUCUACAAGCUCAAGUACGACGCGCGCGUCAGCACCGUGGCGACCAUCGGCUUCAACGUGGAAAUGCUCGACGCCAGGAAGAACAGGAAGAACGUCUACUUAACCAUGUGGGACGUCGGCGGCCAGGGGAUGAUGCGCGAGCACUGGAAGAGCUUCCACGCGGACGCGGCCGCCGUCGUGUUCGUCGUGGACAGCUCGGACAGGGAGCGACUGCGGGAGGCGCGCCGGGAGCUGGAGAGGACGCUGCGCAGCGAGCAGCUGACGGGCCGGCCGCUCAUUCUCCUCGCCAACAAGCAGGACGUGAACGGCGCCCUGACCGCCACGGAGAUCGCGGACAGGUUCAACCUGAGAAAGAUCUGCCACGACCGCGACUGGUUCGCCCAGCCCUGCUCCGCGUCGACGGGAUUCGGGGUGGAGGAGGCCUUCAGGCGGGUGGUGCAGACGGCCAAACUCCCGUCAGACUCUGGGGCGAUGAAAGACAACAUCAAGGAAACAGUGCACAACCUGAAGGCGGCCAGCAGACAUUAGGUUUUAUUUAGUUCAAAUGUUCUCAUUUUCAGACCACUGGCAAUAUUGCAAAAAUGAUAAGUUGUUCUGCGUCGAGACAGCUUUGUGCCAACAAUGAAUCACGUUCGAAGAGAUGCGACCGUUUGGUGCAGUCUAUGAAUAGGAAUCACCAGAAGUUGGAACUACAGAGUUUUGCAAAAUAUCAGUAAAUAUCAGUAUAUCUACAGUUGUUGUGGUGCCACAGGAAACACAAUUUGCCAUUAAAAACACUGUCAAGUACCUAAUACAUGCAAUAAGUAACUGCAGAUAGGUUUUCAUUGGUGUAUAUGACUAUAUCUUCUUUCAAUUAUUAAACAGAGUUCGGUUAUCUCACGCAGCCAUGGGCCGGUACAUUAAGCUCCUGGGUCCACGGAGGCACUUCACAUUACUUAAGCAUCACUGUCAGCGAGAUAAGAAACAAUGAUACGUCCUCAGGUAUAAGGUUUUGGUGAUGUGGGUCCUGCUGCAGUGAACAUGUGGUUUCAAAAUUACGCUUUAUCAAUUGUUAGUGAUCGAUUACUACAUUCUCUUCUUUAUCUCUUUCGGACAAUUCAGCCAUUCAGUCUGCAUGGGGAGAGUAUUAGUAAAUCAUUAAGGGAUGAAUAGUUUGGGUUUUUACAAUGAUCCUCAAGUCGAAUGGUAAAUUUGAAGUUGAUCAUUUUUCAAAUGUCAACAUUAUUGAUCUCGUGCUGCAGAAUGGCUGGUCAAAGGGAAUUGGCAACCGCAAUCUUGGUCCUGUAUGGUUUAUCAUCGAAUGCCUUAUUAUUGAUUGUUACAUGACGUAUUAACAUUAAAGGCAUUGAGCCUC